AUGGCGGACGCUUUUGGUGAAGACGAUAUCUUCGCUGUUUUCGAAGAUGAUUCAGGCAAAAAAUCAGAUAAAAACAAUAAGAAAGGGAAGAAGGAAGCUGCUGAUUUAUCGACGUCCACAGGAGCGUCAAGUAUCGGAGAGAAAAGAGAAUUUACACCGGGCGCUAUCGACCUCGAUGAUGCUGGAGCUAAGAAAGCGAGAGUUGACGAUAUGGAGAGGUGAAUCUUGUCUUUUUGCUCUUUAUUACGUUUAUGAUUAAAAAAUGAGUAACAAGUAAAAGUAGAACUUUUACUUGUUAGUAGAUUUUUGUUGGAAGAUAGUUCACCAUUGGUUAAAUAACGAAACAGUCAAGUGAUUGUUUACAUUAUGGGUGAUAGUAAAAAUCAGGCUCCGAAGAAAACUGUCGAUCGGUCAUGUGUCCACCGGCUGUUGGGCGAUAGCUGUCUCUUUGUCAGGCCGAUCGUUUACCGAUUGUCGUCAUUCUGUGAGUAACCUGUUCUUAACUACGACCAGUGCUUGUGAGUGCAUGAUGCAGUGAUUCUGAUAGAUAAAAGAAGAGUCAUAGGAAUUGUAGAAUUAGUUUAAAGGAAAAGUUAAGUUACUUUGUCUUUUUAUAAAUGUUUUUUUUUAUAUUUGUCAUGAAGUCUCCUUGAGACAAUUCCCAGAGUCAAUGUCAGAAAUGUUGAAACUAUUGAAGCCUGCACUCACGAGGUGAGUUUUUACAUGAACAAUCUUUUUUUUACCACUUAUCAAUUAACAUUAAAAGUGCAUGUGUAUGUUUUGAUUCAAAUAUUUUUGGGAAUUAAGAUUUUUGUAGUUGGUUGGUUUUUUAUUUUCAUUUUCCACUCAUGGAACACAGCAAAAUAAGAAUAAGGCUGGCUAGAAACAUCUAAACCAUGAAAAAUUUGCACCACAACUUAGUCAUAGUAUAGGCUGUAAUCAGAAUGUGAGCAACAAAUCAUGUACUGCCUUGCUGAUAUCAUAAAUUUUCCAUUUUCUUCAAGGUGGCAGUUCCAGAAGGAUGUGAUUAUGUUCCAUUAGAGAAAAAGGCAACAAAACCAGCCAAGGUAAUAGUCACUUCUUUUUCUAGUUCACCCAUAGUAAUAGAAACAAUAGGGUAGCAUAGCAAUGUGGUGGGUUAAAUUGUUACAAAUUUCACAGAUAAUUCUUCAUCCACAAAAAAUGGUUCUGGUAGACAAAUGAUCAAACAAAAUGAGAUGUAAUUUUUGAAACUUUUUUUUUUAGGAGUAUCCUUUCAUCCUGGAUCCCUUUCAAAAAGAGUCUGUGAAAUGUUUGGAAAACAAUCAGUCAGUCUUGGUGUCUGCUCAUACAUCAGCUGGAAAAACAGUUGUGGCCGAGUAAGAAGAUUACUUUGUGAACAUAACCUUUUGCAUAACCUAAGGGUAAUAUUUGAUGGAAUAAUCUGAUUGUCUACAUGUAGGUAAGGGAACAUUUAGUCUUGAGUUGGACUGUUUUUGGAUGUUAGGGAUUGAUGUUAGACAACCUUGGUGGUUGUACAUCUUUCUGUAUAUCCUGGCGGAAGAGACAAUGACAGCAAUUUUAAUACAGAACUAGUUGUGGAAUAUUUGUGAACAAAGAUUCAAGCAAUUGUCAAACAUUCUGGUAGCCUUCUAUUCUCACUCUCUGCCCUGUUUGAGUCCAGCCUGAGCAGUAGAUUCUCGCCACCAGUAACUAUAUAUUUCUUUAUAAAUUAGUUUUGAGAGUUUGCUAUCAUAGAUAUCAAGGUGGACCAUUUAACCUUAGCUCUAGUUUGGUAGCCCCUUAGCCACUUUGCUUCCUUUUGGUGUUGUAUUGUGUACAAAUAAAUUAUUUUUGUGUAUUGUUGUUAGGUAUGCUAUUGCUAUGUCUCUAAAGAACAAGCAGAGAGUCAUUUACACAACACCUAUCAAGGUAAGAAAGGAGUACAGCAGAAUUUGGAUUUUUCAAAUAAUUGGUUUCUUAAAACUCUAGAUAAUUGUAACCAAAACUGGUCUCCUUUUCUCUGUCUAAUGCUGUAACCGCUCCCCCCCUCCUCAUUAUUUAUCCAAUUUUCUCUUCAUAGGAAUUUUAGAAAUUUAGAUUCAUUUAGUUUGAAGGAGAAAUAUCCAUCUUAAACUUAAAUCCUUUAAAAAAGGAUUCUCUUAGAAUCUGUCUGUUGUGUUUUAUUGUUACAUAACUAUUUAGUUUAUAUACUAUGGUUUUCAGUUGAGUGAGGCUUGACAAAGUUUGUCCACCAUGGUUUGAUGUUAAAAUGGUUUCAUUGUCAUAGGCAGCUGGCUCUGUUUCCAGUGGCAGUGUGUUGUUUAACCUCUAAUUUCAAGGGCUUUUACAUUUAACCCUUUAACUUCCAGAUCAAAUUUGUCAUUCUCCUUAUUGUCAACCAUACAAUUCUUAUAAUGUUAGUUCAGAGAAUUUAGUAUUUGAUCAACUAAUUAUCCCCAAAUUGAUAUUUUUUUUGAUUCUGGUCAUUUAUCUGGUUGAUAUUGUAUUGAUAAUGUAAGGAGAAAUUCUGUCUUUGUCACUCAUGGGAGUUAAAGAGUUAAAAGUUGGGGAUGGAUGGUUCUUGAGAUUUUGUCACCUUUGGAAAUGAGGAAAAUUGCUUGUGACUACAGCAUAAUUUCAUCGACAAAACCCUGUCACCAAACUUUUUCUGCAUCUCACUCAACAGCAAAUUGUACUGCCCACAAGUUAUAAAGCACUUUGUCAUUACUGUUUGUUUUGUAAUGUUUUGUAAUGUUUUGUAAGGCUCUCAGUAACCAAAAAUACCGUGAGUUGUACGAGGAGUUCCAGGAUGUUGGUCUGAUGACAGGAGAUGUCACAAUAAAUCCCAGUGCAAGUGCCUUGGUCAUGACCACAGAGGUAUAUGCACAAGUUGUUUCUUAUCUGACAUUUUUAUUGUUCUGUGGUUCUUUAAGCUUGUAAUGUAGUGUACAUUUACACACAUGUAGUAUUAUUGAAAAGUUCUUUUAGCCUUUUUUCUUACAAGUUAAUGUGUGAUUGCUUUCAGAUUUUGAGAAAUAUGCUGUACAGGGGCUCUGAGGUUAGGAAAGUUUUACAUAUUAAUUAAAUGGAGAGAAUUUGUGAUUCCCUUUUGAGGAACUACCUUAGUUAUUGGGUACAGGUGUUGUGGAAGACCCUUUUUCAGUAUCUAAUCUUAGACUGAAGAUCUUUUUGUCUGACAUCACUUGCAGUUUUGUAGAUUGUUUAGGACUGGGAUCUUGAGGUGGGAAUAUUUGUUUUAUUUGGGUGGUAAAAUUCAACAUCAUGAUCUAGAAUGGGAUUAAGAUUUAAUUUAGUGUGCCACACACUCAUCCUGUCUCAGGUAUGGUGGACUGUAGACCAAGAGGUUUUCUUUCAGGCAGAAGGGUUUCUUUUGUUUUUUAUGACAAACAGCUGUUACCCAGUAUUUCUAAGGAUGGUUUAGUUCACCUGUUCCCUCUUAAGAUCUCAGAAGUAACUCUCCAAUCAUUCAGCCUUCCUUUUUUUCACAAUGUUAGCUCUGAAAACUUGGUGUUGUGUGAAACAUUUUCUCUUGAUAGGCAUUUUUCUUUACUCUCAUCACCUAUCUGUUAAAUGGUGUACAGUAUUUAUACUAUAAGGAGAAAUUACAACUUGGUCACUCUUGAGAGCAAAAGGGUUCAGUUUUUUAGUCUCUCUUUUAGUUACAAACCUUCACUUUGAUUACAAACCUUCAGAGGUCUUUUAAUGGGGAUUAAGAUCUUGUGUUUGUCUCUUCUUUCACUUGUAGGUCAUGAGGGAAGUAGCCUGGGUUGUCUUUGAUGAAAUUCACUAUAUGCGAGAUAAAGGUAGGUGUGGAGAAAUUGGAGUGGAUCUUUUGAUGAGGAUUGUGAUGAUGAUAAUCAUUAUUAUGAUCAUGUUAGUGUAUUGGGAUAUGAUUUAAAAUCACUUAGGAUUUAAAUUUAAUGUUUAUUUUGUUUCUUUUUUAAGUAAUUCUUGAAUUACUUUUCAUUUCCUGUUUUUAGAAAGAGGUGUAGUGUGGGAGGAAACCAUCAUUCUUCUUCCAGACAAUGUACAUUAUGUGUUUCUCUCAGCUACAAUUCCAAAUGCCAGACAGUUUGCUGAAUGGAUUGCGCACCUCCACAAACAGGUUAACAAAUUAUUGCCUCUCUGCUUACUAAAUGAUUCCUUUUAAGAUGAUUACAUUGCUUUAGAAAACUUAGAACUACACUUGUAUGUUUCAUGCUAGUAAACAAACAAACUAGUUGCCUUUUUAAUAUGGUGCAGUGAAUCCUAGAGGUUUAGCUGGACAGUUAAUUAAGUCCUUUUGACCCAGCCUGAACUUAACCCUUAAAACCUUAAGUAACCAACAUCUAAUAAAUCUCCUAGCCAUUAUACUCCUGAGUCAUUCUUUAAGAUCAUGAGAAUAAAAGAAAUGAUCACAAACUUAAGAAGCUUGGAUUGUUAAACAACCCACCUUGACAAUACCAAAGUAAAUGCAUAUCAACAUACUUUUCCCAACCUCAUCUAGUAAUGAUUAAUUAGAUGUGUUCUGUACAGAAUGAUGUGUACUAAAUGUUUCUUGUUGUGUAGCCAUGUCAUGUGGUGUAUACAGACUUCAGGCCUACGCCUCUUCAACAUUAUAUUUACCCAGCUGGUGGAGAUGGUCUUUUCCUUGUUGAGGAUGAAAAGGUAUGUGUCUACUCCAUCAAAGUAGGCAAAAAAAACUUCCCCAGGCAACAGUGGUUGUGAAACUGCUGGAAUAGAAAGCUAGAAGUACAGUUGAAUCAGUAACUCAAAUUCCCCUCUUACUUGAAGCAAAACUGAUUUCCCUCGGAUUUACCUCAUAUAUUUACUGUUAUUUUAACCCCUGUAACUUGAAACCCUGAGAACUCAAAACUCCCCCUAACUCGAAGCGAUUUUUACAUGAGAAUAAAGGAAAUGGUCACCAAUUAUAGAAGCUCUUGAUUUUUAACCCUUUAACUCCCAAGAUCUCAUCAGUAAUUCUUCUUGCUGUCUGCCAAAUGAUUCUUAUUAUGUUAGUUGGAGAAUUUGGUAUCAGAUCAAUUAGUAAUCCCAUAAUUGAUAUUUUUUUUUAUUCUCAUCACUUGUGUGUAUGAUAUUGUGGAGUUAAAGGAUUAAACAAAUUUUAAAACGGAAAUGUACUGAGAACAGUAUGGAAAAUAUGCAUACUGAUGUUAGGGCGUAAACCAGGUUCAUCUCUUGUGGCCCUCAGCUAGCCAUUCUUCAAUUUAGACUUAAGGUUUCUUUUAUCUGGUAACAUGAGAAACUGUCAGCAUUUUUAAUAUCUGUUGAUGUUUGCUUUAUUAGGGAGAGUUUCGUGAGGAGAAUUUUCAAAAGGCCAUGGCUGUCAUAAGAGAAGGAGGAACUGACCCAGGGAACCUGAGAGGAAGGAAAGGGGGAAGUAAAGGUGUGUCUGGGUGUGGACAAUUUCGUGUAUCGCAAAUAGUAUUAGCUGUGCAUUUUAUUUUUCAUCUACACAUGUACACUCUAUGAUUCACCUGUCUGUCAACGUAAUACCUACUUACUUACUUACUUACUUACUGCCUGUUGCACCUCUUGGCAUGUAGGGCAACAAUGAAAUCUUUCCAUUCUUUCCUAUCCUGUGCCUGCUUCUGGAUUGCCCCCUGUGUCUUAUGUAUGGUCUUCAUCUCCUAUCCUCAACCUUCCGCUGCCAAGUCGUUUUAGGUUGGCCUCUCUUUUUCGUUCCCUUGGAAGGAAAUUUCAACUCAUUAACUUGAUGAUAAUUGAUCUACUCACUACUGACUUUUAAAUCACUUUAUUUUUGUCUGCUCAAACAUAGUACAAGAGAUCACGAAAGUGAAGUUAAUAGUCUAGAGUAUUUUAGGAAAAACUACAACAACAGUCAAGCAACAAACUUUUCUUGACAUUCAAUUAAUGAACACACCCAAUAAAAAUUUUUUCCCUCUAUAAAUCAGUAUUGAUGGUCAAGUGGGACUGGAAAUUGCAGAGUUGUUAACUUAUAGGAUUUAUUUCAGGUCCUUCAAAUUGUUUCAAAAUUGUCAAAAUGAUCAUGGAGAGGAAUUUCCAGCCUGUGAUCAUCUUCAGCUUUAGCAAGAGAGAAUGUGAAGCAUAUGCUUUGCAGAUGUCUAAACUGGACUUUAAUUCAGGUAAGAUGAUAUUAUGAAGAUACAUGUAUGGUGGCAUACUGAUGGGGAGGAGGGGGGACAGUGGCUCGUAUGUGGGACUUCAGAUUGAAAUGUAUGGGUUCAAACUCUGGUCAGAUACUUAAGUGUGCAGCCAGUGGUCCUACAGUGUGACAACUGGGAGUUGUUUUUCAACUGAAGUUAUACAAUGUAGCUCUUUCCCUUUUCUAGGUCAAGAGAAGAAGUUGGUAGAAGAAGUGUUUAAUAAUGCUAUUGACUGUUUAUCAGAUGAGGACAAAACUCUUCCUCAGGUAAAAUUUUAUUUCAAUAAAGCAGCAUUAUGAUGGAAGUUUCUUUUAUUUGCAAGACCAUGCAGUAGGUAGUGCAUUCAUGUGUGAAUUUAGAUGCUCUUCAAGCAAUUCCCUGGUCAGGAAAUAGAUUGCAUACAAUGUCUGCUCAAAAUAAGGCAUUACUUUCAAUUUUUAGGUGGAACAUGUUCUUCCCUUGCUGAAGCGUGGUAUUGGCAUUCAUCACUCUGGACUUCUUCCAAUUUUAAAGGAGACCAUUGAAAUUCUCUUCUCAGAAGGUUUAAUCAAAGUAAGUAUAUCCUGAUUCCUUACAGGCAGAAAAGUUAACAAUUGAGUCCUGAAGUGUUGUUGUUGUUGUUGUUGAUUGUGAUUGUUUUUUUUAGGCUCUUUUUGCCACUGAAACAUUUGCUCUUGGUCUUAACAUGCCUGCAAGAACAGUUGUGUUUACAAAUGCCAGAAAGUUUGAUGGGAAAGACUUCAGAUUUGUGAGUAGUUCUAGUACCUCUUUCCACUUUUCAAUUUUGCACAUUGGGGGGAGAUGAGAAAGACUUAGUAUUUAGUAUAAAAAUUGGUGUUCUCUCUGAAUAUGUUGAUCUCAAUGGAAAUUUGUCUAUUGUUUUAUCCUGGAUUGUAGUCAGUAAUAUUAGAGGGUAGGUGUGGAAACGACAACAAAGUGGUAAUUUCCUCAGUGGUAAGGGAUUCACCAUCGCCAUCAUGCCAGACCCCAGACCCCAGAUCCAGACAGCUGUCAACAUAACACCAGCAAACUACUCUAUUUAAUAAAUAUGUACUGAAAAUGUGGGAGGGAGGGAGGGUAUAGGGAUAUGAUGGAAACAAAGUAGCAAAGCAAGGAUAGCAAAAGCACAUGAUAAUGCCUCUGCAAAUCUCCAAGGAGCCUCCCACAACACUCCAGUGACACUACUGAAUCGAUCAGGUUUUAACAGAAUGAUGUUCCCCAUAUCAAUACACUCAGCCCUGUGAUUAACUCUGAUUUCCAGAUAACAUCAGGAGAGUACAUUCAAAUGAGUGGCAGAGCUGGAAGACGUGGCAUUGAUGACAGAGGGAUAGUCAUUUUGAUAGUGGAUGAGAAAAUGGGACCUGAUGUUGGAAAAGCAGUGUUAAAGGUAUCAUACUUUUCCCUUAGCUUUUGGUGAGAUUAAGGGCCAUUUUCAUACAAACAAUGAACCAGUAACAAGUAACUCUUAAUUGUUAACAACAAAUGAGACAUGUCUACACUGUACACCUAGUUCCCUUGGAGGUCUUUUUUUUGCCAAUGCUGUUUUACUUUUUGUUUCACUUGCUUUAUUCCCAGGAGUGAUAUAAAUGUAACUUCUUGUUGCAAAAUCAAUUCAUUGUCAAGUGCAGAAGAUGGAAAUAGAGAAACACAUCAGUUGGGGGAAUGUUUAAUUAAACACCAAAUCAUCAUGACAUACAGAAUUUAGUCAGAAAGGGAAAUAUUGAGAUCUUGGAUCAUAAGGUUGCAAUGCAGAUGUUUCCAUAACUGCACUGUAGUAGUGGAGAACUGAGAAUUAGUAGCUGGAAUGAGAAAUUUUAAGACUUUAAACUGGUCAGUAUAGACAAUGUAACUUAUUCUUCAAUUUGGUUAUGUUUUGCUGCUAAUAGGGCCAAGCAGAUCCACUGAACAGUGCUUUUCAUCUCACUUACAACAUGGUGUUGAACCUGCUGCGUGUGGAAGAAGUGAAUCCAGAGAUUAUGCUGGAGAAAUCAUUUUAUCAAUUUCAGAAUUAUGCCUCUGUUCCUGGCUUGAUUGAAAGUAAGUACUGCUCAGUAAGUACUUUUCAGAAGCUUUCAGUUGUUAAUUGCAGCCAGACAGAUUGUGGCUGUACAUGCUUUAACUCCUGGAAGUGAGAAACAUGUAACUUCUCCUUAAGCCAUCCAUACAUUAUCCAGCAAGCAGGUAAUGAGAAUACUUAAACUUGUCAGGUAGAAGUAGCUAUCUUGAUCUCACUCCAAAUUCUCGGAACCAAUUUACUAGGAAAUUUGUAGCAGCCAGAAGGGAGAAUUAACAAUCAGAUCUUGGGAGUUAAAGGGCUCUGCCGGUUCUGCAUUACUUUUCAUGGUCAUUAUUUUAUCAGAGUUUUAAUCAGUACUGUACAUACUGUAUCAAAUAAGCACCUGGGCUCCUAUAUGAAGGAAGGUGCUUAUCAUUCUUCUGCACUGAUUCCACUGUAGUUGAAGCUUAAAUAGUUAUAGAUAUUAAAUGCUAGUUGAAACAGAUUUUCUUUUCAUCCCUAUGAUUUAAGAAAUUGAGGGAGGAGGUGGGUGCCUUUUCAAGGGGGGUGCUCAUUUGAAAAUUAUGCUUAGGGGUGGGUGCUUAUCAAAGCUUGGGUGCUUAUUUGAGGAAAUGCAGUAUAAGCAGUCUUAGGACUGCAUGUAUUGAGCAACAACAUUUUUUUGGGAGCAGUUUUGGUGCUUGUUGUCUCUUAUGGGUAUACAAGUAAAUUACAAUUUCAGUUAAAAUUAGCUUGAAUCAUGACUGUGUUCUCUUUUUCUUUGUUGUUUAAAGAGCUCAAAGAUCUUGAAACCCAGAAGGAAUCUUUGGAAAUCCAAAAUGAAGAAUCCAUUAUGUCAUACUACAAAAUGAGACAACAGAUAAAUAGACUUGGGGAUGAGAUGCUGGUAGGUGUGGCUUUGAUUGUCGUUAACCCUGUAACCCCUAAGAGUGACCAGCAUCUAAUUUCUCCUUACAAUAACACCCUUGAAUCAGACAUGAAGGUCAUGAGAAUGGAGGAAAUGAUCACCAACUAAAGCAGCUCUUGAUUAUUAAACAAAUUCUCUUUGUCAGCACCUUGGGAAAUGUAUGGUGAAUAGUAUGGAGAAUGUGGAUAUUGAUGUUAGGGGGUAGAGAGUUGAUUUUUCUAUUGAGCAAUUUUCAGUCAAAUGUUAAAAGUAAGGUAGGAUUGUUUUGCUUUUCACAGUGGGAUCAAGGUACAGAAAAUAGGUUAAAAUUAGUAGAUAAUAUUUUGUUAUUAAUGGUAAUCUUUAUUUCUACCUAUUAUUUAGGGUUAUGUUCAUCAACCUAAGUAUUGCCUUCCUUUUAUGCAACCUGGACGAUUAGUUGAGGUAAGGAAUUUUUUUUUUCAAUUAACAAUUUUUAACUAGGAAAAAAGACACAGGUUUGUUAAAUAAGAAUCUAUUCUUGCAAUGUUGACAACAAAACUGAAUCCACUGUAUGUUACUUCCCUCAUAAUUUUAAAUGAUCUGGAUUACUUUCACCACUAUUUUCACUUUUAAUAGCAGGGAGAUCUCUAAUGUAAUCCUUCAUACUAUAUUUUGUGUUUGAUCUCUAAUUUAAUCCUUUAUACAUUUAUUUUGUUGUUUGGUUCUUCUUUGUUUAGCUGCUUUCAGUAACUUAAUUAAAUGUGUUAAUUUAUAUAAGAUCAUUGAAGCAUCUAAACUUCCAGAGACAUUUACUUUGGAUGGGGUGUGGGAUUCUUAAUCAUUUAUUUCCAGAAGAGAAGGACAAUCAAAAGGUAUUUUUAAUGAUCAUUAUAACUCCUAUCAUUGAAAGUAUCUAAACUUUUUUCAGAGGUAUUUGUUCCUAUUCAGUGAAUGGUUUAAACAAGUGGACUUCUCUGGGUACACUGAUUCUUUGUGUUUGCAUAGCACAAAGUGACUUGAUUGUUACAUGUACUUCAGUCUCCUCUAGGAUGGGAAGCCAGUCCAUCACAGGGUUACCCCACAGUAUUUGGUCAGAUUUCCCUUUCAGUUUUCUACAGUAAAUGGUUUGAACCUGUGGGUAACAUGUGAUAGUGUAGUCUGAUUGUCUGGGUGAGUGUAGUCCAGAGAUGGACUUUUGUUGGUAGUUUUGACAACCGAAAUGGAAGUCAUCACUCAGGUUGUUGAGAGCUCAGUCACCACUACCAGCAACAGUCCUUCUUAGGACCACACUUACUGGAUGAUCAGGCUACACUAUUACAUUUUUCUGCUACCCAUUUAUCCCCAUGGGUGAUGGGUUGGUGGUGAAGUGUCUUUCCUAUGGACACAAUACAAAAGCUGAAGCAGGGCUUAUCAUCUGCACCUCUCAACCAGAAGAUAAAAAAGCCAACCAUAAGAUUACUGGACCCCCCACAGUCUAACCUUAUCAUGACAAUGAUCAGAAGUUUUACUGGAAAUAAUAUUGUUGUUUAAAUCCCUUCCUCAGAGUGGUCCAACACAUGGGGAGACUUUGUAUGUGUUAGAGGUGUUACUUAAUUGUUCCAGUCAGCCAUUGAAGUCAGCAGAUGGUGAGACACCUCAGCCAUGUGGGCCUGAUGAAAAAGGAGAAAUGCAGGUAAAUCAGUGAUUCAGGAUUUACUGGGUUAAUUCAAAUGUUUUCCAAAAAAAUAUGGCUGCAUUUAUUAGAAGUACAACAUUUUUUGUUUCCUCAGGUUGUGCCCAUUUUGUUACAAUUGGUGAAAGCAAUAAGCAGUGUCAGGUUGUACAUUCCUAAGGAUUUGAGGUCACUGGACAGUAGACAGAGUGUUGGAAAAUCAGUCAAGGUUGGUACUUGAUGAGUGUUACUUCAAAGUAUCGGGUAACUUACACAGUACAGUAGGUUAAAAAUUCAAGUUGCUUCACCCAAAGGCUCUAAAGCACUAAGGAAGUAAUUAAACCUUUAAACCCUAAGAGUGACUAGCAUCUAAUUUCUCCUUACAAUAAAACUGCUGAAUCAUUCAUUAAGAUUGUGAGAAUAAAGGAAAGGAUCACCAACUUAAGAAUCUUUGAUUGUUGAACGAAUUCUCCUUGUCAGCAACAAAGGAAACAUAUAGAGAAAAGUAUAGAGAAUAUGGAUGCUGAUGUUAGGAUGUAAAGGGUCAAGGAAAGGAGUCUUGGCAAUUAACAGCAAACAAAUUUUUACAAUGGUUUUCUUUCAAUAGGAGGUACAACGUCGAUUCCCAGAUGGCCUACCAAUGCUGGAUCCUAUAGAAGACAUGGGAAUCAAAGAUGAUGGAUUAAAGUCUGUCAUAAGGGUGAGUGCAAUCAAAGCCUCUGUUGUAAGUUUAAUAUAUUUUAUUUAAAACAAUAAAAUUUUUUUCUGAUUUUGUAAAAGCUAAAUACACCAUGCCUGGUCUGCUCUGAUGAAGGGGUAUCCUAGAUUUGAUAAUGAUAUCCAAGUAAAAAUGUUAAUUUUCAAUUUGGAGGUUGUAAGUAAGAAGUUUAAAAAAUUUGUUUGAUUUUUCUUCUUCUUAGUACAGCUAUUUGCACAUGUUUUGAAACUUAGACUGUUCACAGGUCUUGAAUUGACUCUGAUCAUGACACAUAAAAGAGAGGAACAUGUAAUGUAGGAGACAAAAAAAAAAUGGAGGUUCCAAAGUGGGGCCCAAUAGCCAGCCCCUUUUCAUGCCAGGAGCCUGUGAACAGAGACAACUCUUAAGUGAAAAGCAGAAAUCAAGCCUAAGAAAUGGUGAUAGUGUAGCAUACCCUCUCUACUUAAAUGCAUUUUGUUCUCAACAUUUCCUUUCACAAUUUUAAGGAAGGAAAAGAGUAAGUAUUACUAUAGGUAAUACUAAUAAAAUGAUAAAUCUUUCUGUCUUUUCAAACAGAAAAUAGAGAGUUUAGAGCAUAGAAUGUACACUCAUCCAAUGCAUAAAGAUCCUGAUCUGAAAUCCCUGUACAAUUUAUGUGAGAAGAAAGCUCAGGUAAAAUAUUGUCAUGUCAUCAUUAAUGUGAAAAUCGAAAAAACUGUUAGCACCACAAAAUAUUUAAUUAAAUAAUGGACUCAAGAUGUUUAGAUGUACUUUUAUUAACCCUUUCACUCCCAAGAUCUUAUGAGUAAUUCUCCUUACUUUCUGCCAAACAAUUCUUAUGAUGAUAGUUCAGAGAAUUUGGUUUGAAUCAUCUGAUAAUCCCUCUAAGUGACAUUGUUCUUUAUUCUCAUCACUUGUCUGCUUGAUAUUGUAUGGAUAUUGUAAGGAGAAAUUCUCUCUUGGUCACUCAUGGGAGUUGAGGGGUUAAAAGCCCAGAAAAUAUUAUAGCAAUCAAGCACUGUGGAUGAUCUCAGCCACUUGCUUGUAUUUUAAAGGGUGCUUUUAUUUAAAGGAGGGCUAUUAAUAAUUAUCUUGUUGGAAAGUUUGUAACUUUUGUUAAAAUUAGUGAAAAAGGCUGCUGUUAUAAGAAAAUGUAUGAAAACUAGUGAGGAGAAUUUAUAUGUUAUGAAGAGGGCUUGAUGGGUUAAUCAUUAUUUUAUAGAGACAGACUUGUCACGGCAAAGCCACUUUAAUUUUCUGUUUGCCUUAUGUAGAUUAUCAGUGAGAUUAAAACAGUCAAGAAGGAAUUGAGGAGAACAAAGACAGUUCUGCAAAUGGAUGAACUCAAGAGUAGGAAACGAGUUUUGCGAAGGUACCAUUAUGCACUUCUAAGUGAAAUAAAAUAUGUAAAAUUAGUUACAGUCUCCUAUAGUUUUAAUUUGUACCCAAAUAUUGUAUUCUUGUAUACAUGCAUUAGCUGUAGCCGUUGCCGUUUUUUUCUGGUUUUGCUUGGUUGGUUUUCAUGCUUUUGUCUUAUGAUGGUGGGAGAUAUACAACUUGUGUGAUCUCUGAGCCAAGAGGUUAUGUUCUUGAGUAGCAUACAUAACCCUCACGGUGCCUCCACCCCCCCCCCCCCUUCUCAACAUUGUAUAGGCGUAACAUCACACUAUAGGGAAACCUAAUGAAGUGGGGGGGGGGGACUAACUUAUGAUGGAGUAGCAUCCCAUACAGGCAUAGUAAGAAUUCCCUCCUCACCCCCCAUCCCCCAUUAGUAGCCGAAAUCGUCCACCCUACAGGAUUUUACUAAUGUACCAUGGAAAAGUUUAUUUACUAACUGCCCAACCUUUGAAAACUUGAAGAAAGGAGUUAUGCGAAUUCUGUUGUUUCUCCUCCUCUGUCUGAAACACUAAUAUUUCAGGUUGGGAUAUGCCACAGCAUCUGAUGUAAUUGAGCUUAAGGGAAGAGUCGCUUGUGAACUAAGCAGGUCAGAAAAAUUUAUUAUAUUAACUUGAUGUAGCUUUCGUGGUCAUGGAAAUAUUCCUAAGUGUUUUUAGGCACACAAGAAACUUGUGUGCGUAAGAUACUAACGAAACGGCCAAACAAAAGAGAAUCCCAAAAGUGCGCGAGGUAUCAACGAAACAAACGAACUAAAGAGCAUACUAAGAGUGCGCGAGAUACUAACGAAACAAAAGAACUAAAGACAAUCGUCAGAGUGCGCGAGAUACUAACGAAACAAACGAACUAAAGACAAUCGUCAGAGUGCGCGAGAUACUAACGAAACAAACGAACUAAAGACAAUCGUCAGAGUGCGCGAGAUACUAGCGAAACAAACGAACUAAAGACAAUCGUCAGAGUGCGCGAGGUACUAACGAGACAAACGAACUAAAGACAUGAAUGAAAGUGAUCUUCGCAGUGAUGUGCACUACUUAGGCAGUAGUGAAAAUAAGGCCUGAAAAAAAUUCAGGCCUGUACGGGACAAUCGUCAGAGUGCGCGAGAUACUAGCGAAACAAACGAACUUAAGACAAUCGUCAGAGUGCGCAAGAUACUAACGAAACAAACGAACUAAAGACAAUCGUCAGUGCGCGAGAUACUAGCGAAACAAACGAGCUAAAGACAAUCGUCAGAGUGCGCGAGAUACUAACGAAACAAACGAACUAAAGACAAUCGUCAGAGUGCGCGAGAUACUAACGAAACAAACGAACUAAAUCAAUCGUCAGAGUGUGCGAGAUACUAACGAAACAAACGAACUAAAGACAAUCGUCAGAGUGCGCGAGAUACUAACGAAACAAACGAACUAAAGACAAUCGUCACAAACGAACUAAAGACAAUCGUCAGAGUGCGAGAUACUAACGAAACAAACGAACUAAAGAAACAAACGAGAGAUACUAACGAAAAAAACGAACUAAAUCAAUGGUAAGAAACAAACGCGCGUCAGAGAUAACUAAACAAACGAACUAAAGACAAUCGUCAGAAACAAAAACGAGCUAAAUGAGAAUGGUAAGAGUGCGCGAGAUACUAACGAAACAAACGAACUAAAUGAGAAUGGUAAGAGUGCGCGAGAUACUAACGAAACAAACGAACUAAAUGAGAAUGGUAAGAGUGCGCGAGAUACUAACGAAACAAACGAACUAAAUGAGAAUGGUAAGAGUGCGCGAGAUACUAACGAAACAAACGAACUAAAUGAGAAUGGUAAGAGUGCGCGAGAUACUAACGAAACAAACGAACUGAAGAGAAUGGUAAGAGUGCGCAAGAUAUUUACGAAACAAACGAACUGAAGAGAAUGGUAAGAGUGCGCGAGAUACUAACGAAACAAACGAACUGAAGAGAAUGGUAAGAGUGCGCGAGAUACUAACGAAACAAACGAACUAAAGACAAUCGUCAGAGUGCGCGAGAUACUAACGAAACAAACGAACUAAAGACAAUCGUCAGAGUGCGCGAGAUACUAAGGAAACAAACGAGCUAAAUGAGAAUGGUAAGAGUGCGCGAGAUACUAGCGAAACAAACGAACUAAAUGAGAAUGGUAAGAGUGCGCGAGAUACUAACGAAACAAACGAACUAAAUGAGAAUACUAACGAAACAAACGAACUAAAUGAGAAUGAAUGGCGAGAUACUAACGAAACAAACGAACUGAAGAGAAUGGUAAGAGUGCGCAAGAUAUUUACGAAACAAACGAACUGAAGAGAAUGGUAAGAGUGCGAGAUACUAACGAAACAAACGAACUGAAAGAAUGGUAGAAUGGUAAACGAACUAAAUGAGAAUGGUAAGAGUGCGCGAGAUACUAACGAAACAAACGAACUGAAGAGAAUGGUAAGAGUGCGCGAGAUAUUUACGAAACAAACGAACUGAAGAGAAUGGUAAGAGUGCGCGAGAUACUAACGAAACUAAUAAUAUACAUGGAAAAAUUACUCAGUUCUGAUUGGUUAAGAUAAAUGCAGUUCUCAGGUAAUUCAGUGCCGAAGAGGGUUAAUUCAGUGCAAAGAAUAAAAACAAAUAAGACAUUCUGAUUGGUCAAUAAAAAACUCACAGAUAGCCAAUCAAAUGCGAGCCUUGGAUGUCGCAACAAAAUUUGAAAAUUUGAAAAUUUGCGAGCGACACAAUGGCCGGCGUUUUAAGUAGGCUUUCUUUUGCCACCGCAGCUGAAAAACGGCCUAAACAACGAAAACACUGUAAAAAGCACUGCCUUUUGGUUGUCGGUUUGAAAAAAGUGGUGUUUAGAGAAGGGAAUUGCCGAGGAAAUCGAAAAUUACGAGCCGACCCAGCUUAACCAAAGCGAACUAAAGAGAAUCAUCAGAGUGCGCGAGAUACUAACGAAACAAACGAACUAAAGACAAUCGUAAGAGUGUGCGAGAUACUAACGAAACAAACGAUCUGAAGAGAAUCGUCAGAGUGCGCAACAUACUAACGAAACAAACGAACUAAAGAGAAUCGUCAGAGUGCGCGAGAUACUAACGAAACAAAAGAACUAAAGAGAAUCGUAAGAGUGCGCGAGAUACUAACGAAACAAACGAACUAAAGACAAUCGUAAGAGUGCGCGAGAUACUAACGAAACAAACGAACUAAAGACAAUCGUCAGAGUGCGCGGGAUACUAACGAAACAAACGAAUGGAAAAGAAUCCUUGGAGUUCGCGAGAUACUAACGAAAUAUACUUUUUUGUAAUCUUUAUACUUCUUGUAAUGUUAGUUUUAAGAUUUCGAUAUAGGUGAUAGAUUUCUUUCGCCACAUUAUCUUUCGGGUGGAAAAUUCAUCGAUACCAUAAGGAGAAAUUUCUCUUUGGUCACUGCUAGGGCUGAAGUGGUUUUGAGAGAGCGAUUCCUUUCGUGCACAUUUAUGUUAAGGAUGUUUGCUGCUAUAAUACCAUUUUGCUAUUUGAUUGUAGUGGGGAUGAACUGCUACUGACAGAGAUGAUCUUUAAUGGAGUUUUCAAUGAACUGACAGUUCAACAGUGCGUGGCUUUACUCAGCUGUUUUGUGUUUGAAGAGAAGGUAACUUCCAAUUACUUACAAUAUUGUUAACUGAGUAUUAUCUUUGCUCAUUUUCAGCACACCACUGAGAAGUGUUGUCCCUUUUAAUGUAUUUUCGCAAUUAAUUCCUUUGAUUUUAUUCACCUACCGUAAAACAGAGUGACGAGAUUCCCAAACUGAAAGAAGAACUCGCAGGUCCCUUGAGACAAAUGCAGGUAAGUUUAACAUUAGUGCUAUUAUAACUUUAUUUUGUAGUACAACUUGUACAUCGCCUAUUAGUCUGCUUGUCAAUUAGUCCGUCCGGUUGUCAGUGCGUCACUCAGUCAUUCAAUCAGUCAAUCACUCAGUCCAUCAGUCAGUCAGUCGGUCAGUCAAUCAGUCAGUCAGUCAAUCAGUCAAUUUGUCAAUCAAUCAGUCGGUCAGUCAGCUGGUCGGUCAGUCGGUCGAGCAGUCUGUUAGUCAGUUAGUUGGUUAGCCUGUUAGUUCGUGAGUGUCGGUCAGUUAGCCUGUCUGUCUGCCUUUCAAUUAAUUAUUCACCCAGUUUGUUAGACAGUCAGUAAAUUAGAUAGACAGUCAGAUAUGUGAGCAGCUUUACUGUCAGUUCAAGCUUUUGUUGCAAAUUUCAUUCGUGGUUAUAUCUUUAGGAAUCUGCACGCCGUAUUGGAAAGGUUUCAGAAGAAGCUAAACUUGAAAUAGAUGUGGAGACAUAUGUGGAAUCCUUUAAACCUCAUAUUAUGGACGUAGUGUUUGCCUGGGCAAAUGGAGCCUCAUUCUCUCAGAUUUGUAAAAUGACUGAUGCGUUUGAAGGUAAAAACGACUUUUUUCUUUGCAUACGAUUGCGUGACUUCCUUAUUCAAUUAGAGCUGUCACACAACAGAAGAUGACGUAGUUAUGCAAAGUGAAGUUUGUGCGCUCUAAUUUGUUUAUGUGUUUAUCAGGCAGUGUUAUUCGUUGUAUGCGACGCUUGGAAGAACUCUUGAGACAAAUGUGUCAAGCAUCCAAAGCCAUAGGAAACACAGAGUUGGAAAACAAGUUUGCAGAGGGUAACAUAUUUUGUAUUAAAGAUUAAUAAUGAAACAAAUUUUUUUUUCAUUACGAUUGUACCUUAAUCUGGGGGUCUGGUAGAAGUGCAAUUUUUUUUGCUGUGGGACAUUUAACUCUUAACCCUGAUAUUGAAAAAAACAAAAACAAAAUUAAUAAGGAAAAAAUUAAAUUAGUUUAUUUUUGAGUUCGUAUAAUUACCCCUGUCCUGAAAUCCAUGUCCUUGAAAAAGUGUAUUGGGAGCAAAUAACUAGGAACAAAUAAUGUAAUAGUGUAUUGGAAAAACGCUCUAUUGAAGUUUGCUGAAAGUGUUUUUUAAUUUUGUUUUCCAAGGAAUAAUCAAAAUCAAGCGGGAUAUCGUUUUUGCUGCCAGUUUGUACCUCUAAGAUGUGAAGAGAGAGUAUUUACCUAUUUUUCUUUGGAUCUGUACAUGGUUCAGCGUCACUUAUGUAUGAUAGACAGAGAAAUCUUCAAAUAUUUGCCGGAAGGUCAACACGCAUAGACUAGAACUCACAGAGACUAUCGUUCCCUCCUUGUACUCUUCAACAUCGCCAACCUUGUCUACAAAGGUUAUUUUUUGAUGGACACUGUAGUAAUGUGAAAAGGACACUUCCAAGAAGCAAGGAGAAAGAAUAUCGAGUUGAAGUCAGUAUCUGAGUAACUGCUCACCUACCCCUCCUCUAACCCAACAACAGUCAACUGAUAACAAGUCAGAGUUAAUCUUGGGUAAAGGGAGGGGUGGGUGUGCGGUAUUUCAGUUACUGACAUUGAUCCAGCAUACUUAGCUUGGAUUCGCCAUUCUUUCCGCGAUAAAUUUUGUAAAUACUUUAUUGUAGAGUUGUGAUUAAAUUGUUAAAAG